AUGGCAUUGAACAACUCUUCUCCGCUGGCGAUCGCCCGUACUGAUCAGGACAGCCAAUCGUUGACGUCCGGCGCUUCAACGGCUCAGACUGUGAUUGCUCGAGAUAUUGCUUCUUAUAAUUCCGAUAAUAGAGUGAAUCAGGGUAACGACGAUGACGACGACAAUGAUAACGACUUUAACGGACUGGUGCGUUCAGCGACCAAUGUCUUAGGCACUACACCUCAUUCUCUGGCUGGUUCUUAUCGGCGUCCGUCCUAUUUCACGGCCGGGUCGCGCGGAACUGUCGUGCCGCAUCAUAGCCAAGAGCAGUAUUUGACUAUAGAGGAAUUGGAGCGUGCCUAUACGGAAGAAAUAGAUCUACUUAGCGACAACCGUGUUAUUGAGCCGGAUUCAUCGAAACGAAAUGCUCUGAGUGCCAGGCUACCAUCUCCUGGUCAAAAUCAACAAGACCCUCAUGCGCCUAUCACAGCUCCAACGGAGACGUCAGCCUUACUGGGGGACCAAGCUCCCCUCGUCAAUAACGAGAUCGACCGCAAAUGGGAGGAGGCAGUCACAGCCGGCUUAAUCCAAUCGACAUGGAGGCGAGAAGCUCGAGUGAUUGGGCAAUAUUCUCUGCCACUGAUUGUCACUUUCCUUCUUCAGUAUUCCUUGACUGUAGCAUCCAUUUUCACAGUGGGCCACUUAGGAACUGUAGAACUAGGGGCGGUAAGCCUGGCAAGUAUGACCGUUAGCAUCACUGGAUCAGCUGUCUAUCAAGGCCUUGCUACCAGUUUAGAUACUCUUUGCGCCCAGGCGUAUGGAUCAGGAAGAAAGAAACUCGUUGGACUCCAAAUGCAACGAAUGGUGUUCUUUCUGUGGGUAGUCACGAUCCCAAUUGCCAUCAUUUGGCUUCUUGCGGAUAAAAUCUUGGUCGCAAUCAUUCCAGAGACCGAAGUCGCACUUCUUGCCGGACAGUAUCUCAAGGUUGUGAUUCUAGGAGCACCAGGGUAUGCCUGCUUCGAAAGCGGGAAACGAUUCGUUCAGGCGCAAGGCAUAUUUACAGCAUCCUUGUACGUCCUCCUGAUCUGUGCACCAUUGAAUGCAUUCAUGAACUGGUUCUUCGUCUGGAAGCUCGAGAUGGGUUUCAUCGGAGCACCAAUCGCCGUAGCGAUUACGGAAAACCUUCUCCCCCUCUUUCUAUUUUUAUAUGUAUACUUCGUCGGUGGUCGCGAAUGUUGGAACGGAUUCACAUGGAGAGCAUUCCAAAACUGGGGUCCUAUGAUCCGUCUCGCUUUACCGGGCCUGAUCAUGGUUGAGGCUGAAUGUCUCGCUUUCGAGGUUCUCACAUUGGUGUCUUCUUAUCUCGGAACGGAGGCUCUUGCUGCACAGUCUAUUCUCAGUACAAUCAGCAGUAUCACCUUUCAAAUCCCGUUCCCUGUGGCAAUUGCAGGUAGCACACGUGUUGCAAACCUCAUCGGUGCUACCUUGGUCGACGCCGCGCGCACAGCAGCCAGAGUCGCUUUAACCGGUGCCGUGAUUGUCGGACUCCUCAACAUGUUAAUUCUAUCAUUACUACGAUACUCACUGGCUGGUCUAUUUACCUCAGAUGAGGAAGUCAUCGAGAUGGUUGCUGCCAUCUUACCCAUCUGCGCGGCUUUUCAACUCUUUGACGCGCUAGCAGCAAAUUGUAAUGGUAUCCUCCGAGGACUGGGUCGACAAGAGAUUGGUGGAUACGUGCAGGUUUUUUGUUAUUAUGUAGUGGCGAUGCCAAUCAGUAUGGGGACAGCUUUUGGGUUGGGAUGGGGCAUUUCAGGUCUAUGGACAGGCGUUGCGAUUGCAUUGGGAUUGGUUUUCUUCAUUGAGAUCAUCUUUCUCAGAAAGACGAGCUGGGAGAGAAGUGUGGAGGAAGCAAGAAAGAGAAAUGAUGUUGCUUGAUCUCAACCGUCUGAUAUUCGAGGACGACGAUCGAUUUUGUCACUUUGUUAGUCUAGUAAAAAUGUAUAUAGACUUAGUCAUAUAGGAAAAAUCUCACACUACUUAGUG